AUGUCCACCUCAGAUUCUGAGAAACAGUUGCUCCUACAAGUCGAAGCUUUGCUAAUCAGCAAUUAUGGACUAACUGCAGCCAUUGCGCUAAUGGUGUAUGACUGCACUUGCUUGCUUGGAACAGUAUUGAAUAUGUCACUAGAGGCUAGGAAGGUCUCCUGCCCGACCAUCCUGUACGCUACAUUGCGCUAUACGGGUAUGAUCUAUGGAGUAACACAAUUUGCGAUCGCCCUUCUUCUGCUCAAUGUCAUUUGCCGCACCACUCUCACAUUCCUUCUACAAGGUUUGAUGGCAUUGCGGGUGCAUGUGCUUCUUGGCAAAACCAAGAAGAUCCGAGUGACCCUUAUUUUGGGCUUUGUAGUGUCACAGAUCAUCAAUAUCAUGAAUGGGGUCAUAGCGCUAACAGCAAAUCCGGGAGAAACAUCAGAAGCUUCCAUGUUUGGGGUCCAUUUGGUCAUUAUCUCCACUUACCCCAAUCUAAAGUGGCAGUCACCAGUUGUCAACGGUGUUGAACUAGCCUUCGAGGUGCUUCUCUACUCUUUGGCGGUCAGAUAUGCCUACACACGCCUUCCAGAUGCUUGCUGGAAGCAUCCGCGGAAGUCUGCAACCACUCUAGCUGCGGCUAUUGUUCGUGAUAAUCUUGUCUACUUUGCCAUGUCAUUUAGCGCUCUGGUGACAUUCACUAUUAACACAAUAGCCUACGCCCCUGCAACCAGCUCGUCCCCUGCCUAUAAUUCCAUGGUCCAAAUAGCAGACGUGGUAUUCUUCACAAUGACGGGACCGUGGAUGGUGCUCAGCUUGCGUAAGCAAUUCGAAGAAAGUGCAAAUGCACGUAACCUUGAUUCUACCGAGAUGUCAAUCCUACAAUAUCACUAUCCCCCGCCAGCCGGCUCCAGCUUGGAACAUGUAGUCAAAACGGAUGCAAGUGAGCGCAGAGGGAGUGGUGGGUGCAAGGCAGUCGAGGGCGGUAUGGUCGUAGCUGAAAAACUUGGUGAGAUGAAGAAGGUCAGAGGACUAAUAUGGCGUACACCGAGUGGUUCUUUGACGUUGAGAAGUCGCGGCGUCCCAGAGCGCAGAGAGAGCGAUAACGAGUCAAAGCUCGGCAGACGUGCGAAAGUCGGUGGUGAGGAAGCCUGGUCAAGGAGGUCAACGCAAAUUGCACGCAGGUUCUUCCCUGUCCCGACGACUCUAGAUGCUCUAUGUGUCAUGACGCCCACCCUGUUCGGCGAGUCUAGCUGCGGGGAGAAGCCCCGGCAGUGUGGCGUGUCUAUGUCGGCCACUGCACAGUUCAGCACUUCACGCGCGGACACGCCCAUGCAAGGCUUGAUACAUGGUAUAGGAGCGUCAAUAUUGUGUAUGCGACGUAGAGAUGGCGCAGCUCCAGUGCAAAUAGCGCGAUGGGGUGACCGACUGCGUCAGAGAGAGUUAGACCUCGGAGUUUGGGGAAGUUGA